AUGGCUUCCUCUCGCGGAUCCUCCACUCCUUUCUCUCGCCCUUAUCCGCCCGUUAUCGUUAAGAAGCGGCCGUCGCCGGCGUCGGUCACUCCCGUCAUCGCCACUGCCACUUCCACCGCCGCAGGUGGUUCCUCGCGCUUCUCUCGCGCUGCUUCUCCUACUAUGUCAUCCACGGCCAAAGUCUUGCCUACACGGACCGUGAUGCGCCAACAAAGUCGCGUCGGCCUGAGUGGUGGCGCUAACGCCUCGCGCAAGCGCGCUCGCCGCGACAGCGACGAGAACUCUGAGGGUCAAGAUGCUUCGAUACUUCGCCCGCCGCGAGCGCGGCAGCGGCUGAGCUCGACAUCCUCGAUGAUGUCGGUCAAGACGCUGAAGACCGCGUCGUCUGUGGAGACACUCAGGGGUGCGCCGGCGAUGGAAACGCCUACGCCCAGAGCCACCGAGUUUGCUCGACCCCUAUCGCGCCAGUCGAGCGUUAUGAAACUCAAGAGGGAGAACUCGAGCAUGACGAAUCUUGCCAAUGCUAUGGGCAGGAUCGAGAUGCCCGAGAACAGCGCUCGCGCGCGCGCAUUGCGCCGUGUCAGCAACCUCAACUCGUCCUCGACAUCAAUACGCGACGUCAAGAUCGCCCGGGAUGAGGCUCCGCCUGCUCCGCUCAAACCUGUAACACCUGAGGACGAUCUUCUGCCGUACCCGUCCCGCAUCCCACUCCCAACCUCACGCUCGUCCUCCAUGCUCAGCCGCGCGCGCAACCUCAUCUCCCGCCGUCCAUCUCUCUCUUCCAUCCGGACAAGACCUGUCCGCUCGCUUACGCCACCACCUCCGUUCUCUCUCGACACUAAACCUGAAAAGGUCGAGCUUGUGAUCAACGACCACGCGUCUACUUCAUCUGCAGACUCGGUGGGAGAUGAGCCGGAGGAUCGCUACAUUCUUACGGUUGCGGUCCGCGAUAAGCAUUUGGAGCUAUGGGAUCAGGACGAUAGCCACGUUCACGCAUGGGCUGCGUUCGUCUCCGUCACUGAUCGCCUCAGAGACUCAAGCCAUUUCCCGAUCGAAGACCUCGACAUCCGUCUCUCCACGCACUCUUACGAAGGUCAUGAAGCACCUCUCUACACGACAUCCCACAUCGGCAAUACCGUUCGCCGAGGCAAGGAACUCGAAGCUUUGAAAGAAGAGUUCGAUUCGAGCCUUGGCAUCGUCAGUGGUAGCGAAUGGCAGGUGAACCCACAACGUGCUGGACAAUGGUUCCUCAAGAUCUGGGCGCCCGUGCCUCUGGCCUUGUUCCGUGAUAGGGAUACAAGGAUGUUCAAGCUCGAGGCUAGCGCAAGUGUCGUCGAUGAUAGGACUUGGGGUCGGGGCGUCGUGCAGAGUCGCGCUGUGUUUGACGACGUGAGCCAUCUGCGGAAGGAGAACGUUAUGGACAAUAAGCGACGCGGGCGGCUUACGAUCUAG